UGUACGGCCCACCUCGGUGAAGUUUGCUGGUUGCCUGCAGGAUGUACGGUGAAAUGACAGGACAGUCCAGCUCAACACAAACUCAUCAUCAUCUGAUGCUGUCAGCUUCCAGGGCUGUCUGCCUCAGGUUGUGCCAGGAGUUGGUUUCCGUGGUGACAGCUCCUUUUCCCAGUUGGCCAUUCCAUUAGACUUUAGCGGAGCUGCCGAGAUCUGGUUUGAACUGAAGCCUGACAAGUUGGACGGGGUUUUGCUGUACGCUGAAGACAGUUCAGAUGCUGAUCACUUCUUUUACCUGGCCCUUUACAACGGGCACCUAUUUGGUGUGCAUCAACCAGCCCAGGGACAGGCCCAGGUGCUGCAGCCCAGCAGCAACCUGCUGGUGGAUCAACAAUGGCACCUAGUGGAACUCAAUAUAACUGCAGGAAGUAUCUCAGUACAGGUGGACAGGAGUGGUGAGGCUUCAGCAGGUGUGCUGACAGGUGCGCUCUCCUCAUCACACCUGUACCUGGCAGGUGUGGGCCCCGCCCUGCAGGAGAAGUUGAACAGGUGUGAGGAGUGUCCUGUGGUUGUCUCCUACACAGGUGGCAUGCAGGGCGUCAGUGUUAAUAGCAGGGUGCUGGACUUCUUGGACCCUGCCACUGUUCUUUCUCAGAGAGGGGUGUACCUCAGUGGACUGGACCCACCACAGAAUGUCACCGCUCCCACCCUGCCCCCACCUGGCCCAACAGUGGCACCUCCCAGUUGUGCAGACCCAGUCCAACCCGCUUACAGCGGGGAGGGCGUGAACUUUGGUCGUCAUGGCAACAGCUAUAUCUCCUACAGUUUGUCUCCUGAGACAAUGGCACAGUACUUCAGAACAAGCUUUGUCCUAAGGUGCCAGUUCCGAGCAGAGGCCCCGGAUGGGAUCCUGUACUACAGUGCUAACAACCGGAAUACUCCUGACAACCACCUGGCUGUCUACAUGUCAGAAGGAUACCUGCACGCAGACAUGAAGACUCAGCAAGCCAGCAAUAGCAACUACCACAACCUGAAAGUCAGGACACAGUUCAGGGACUACGCUGACGGGAACUGGUGGGAGGUGGUCAUUUUGCGCAUCCACAACUUCCUUGCAAUCAUUGUGCCCGAGCGGAGAGACUACGUCAACAACAACCAGCAGUCCAAUAUUGAGACUUUUAUCGACCUGACCUUGCCCCUUUAUGUCGGAGGAACAGACAUACAUGUUGACUACCCCAUCUUCUCACUCCGGAAAAAAUCGGGCUUUGCUGGCUGUAUCCGUCUACUGGAGAUCAGCACUGCUCAGCCAGUGGACACUGUCAGCUUUGAUCUUGGGAGUCCGGAUGACCAGUACAAUGUCGGCCAGUGCUACGAGGCUGUUAACCCUGGAACCGCCUUCAACGGGACCGGAUUUAUAACCAUGGGCACCCAAAGUUUGGAGUCAGGGUUGGAUGUGAGUGUGCAGUUCAGCACGGUCCAGCGCUCGUUCCUCCUCCUCCUGCUGUACCAGGAUCCAGGCAACUACUUCCUGAUGGAUGCGGAGGAUGGCAGGAUCCGUGGGCACCUGCGUAAGAACAACAUCACCACCACCAUUCGCACCACCCAUGUGACCGGGUUCGAGGUCUGCGACGGAGAGUUCCACACGCUGGUCUUCUCGGCCAAUCUGGUGCAGCGCGUUGGCGUGCUGCUUCUCUCCAUCCAGCUGGAUGAGCUGCCGGACAACCGGUUCCAACAGACAGGCUUUGAUGACAUCAGCAUCCAUGGGGAGCUGUACGUGGGAGGGGGGCCAGUUGCUGCCUCCUUGGCUUCCCCAGGCCUGGUGCAGACUCCCUUCAAGGGCUGUCUGGAGUCCCUGGUGUUCGGAGAAGCACUGGACCUCCGACAGGCCGGACUUACAGAGCACGUCACCUCAGGAUGUCCAGCAAGACCUUGACACUCAACCGACUUUCUUAACUUCAAAUGUCUGAAAUAUUAGGAUAAGAUAGAGGCUAUACUUGACUGUGACUGUUAGUACAUUGUCAAAAUGAAAUAAAGUUUCAACAUCUUUGCCACUAGUUUUACUGUAAACUUUCAGGCCAUAGCACUCAAAUGAAAACAGUAGGGCUGUAAUACUAUAUGAUUGUUUGUAUCAGUUUCUGAACACACCAGAUUUUUUACAGUAAGAACAAUCUACGCUGCAUAAGAUUAGACUGUAAGAUUUGAUCCAGGCACACUGGUACAGACCACUACUCUUUUUGGUUUGUGCAGCUCUGUGGUAUCUUUAACAUGCUCAAGAUGCGGCUCCUUUUAAGAGAGGGCCUUCUGCUUAACGUCCCAUCAAAGAGGAUGUCUCUACUUUAAAGCUAUUAGGUAUACCCAUUUUCACUAGAGGGUACCCAGAAAGAUGAAUGAGGAAAUACCACAUUGGGACCUGUUAGGGAUUCAAAUCCAGAACCUUUACAUUCAGUGGCCAUCUAAAUUAUUUGUUUGCAGUAUAAGUAGUGGAAAGUAUUACACGCAUGCUUGUGUUUGAAUGGUCACCAAUAUUCAUUGUUAUAAACGUACAGUAAAGUCAUAAACAUGAUACACAAUCAUGUAGGGCGUCCUCUUUGCCACUGUACUAAGAUGACAACCUGAAUGUUUUGUUUCAUCUCCAGAUGUGAAAAAGUAUGUUUGAUGUAUAUCUUGCUUAAAUAAAAGUUGGCUAUUGUGUG